ACUCUCUGGUAGAUAAAGGCGAGACCUGCGCCUCCAGGAAAUACAGUAUCUCAUCGCUUCAGUGCACAAGCUACAGUCGCAGUCAACUACGCAGCAGCCGGGCCGCUGGACAAGCAUGGCGCUGGUGACCGGGAGCUGGGUGCUGGACGGGCUGCUGUUGCUGCUGCCGCUGCUCUACUGGUACACGACGCGCCACUUCUCUCUCUGGAAGAGGCUCGGGGUGCCCCACAUGAAGCCGACGCUGGUCGUCGGAAACAUGGGCGGCGUCGUGACGGGCCGCCAGCACAUGGGGGAGCCCAUAUACGAGUGCUAUCUGCGGGCAGGGGACGAGCCCUUCAUGGGAAUGUUCGCCUUCGAUCAGCCGCUCCUGAUGGUCAAGGACCCCGACCUCGUGGGUCGUGUCUUGGCCUCAGAUUUUUCUUCCUUCUACCGGCUGAAUUUUACCCUACCGGAAACUGACGACUCCGUGGGCGGGCGGUCAAUCUUCGCUGCCAACGGUCCAAGGUGGAAGACAUUACGUAGUGUGAUGACACCAGGUUUCACCUCCGGUAAGAUGAAGCGCAUGUUCCAGCUGGUUGAAGAGUGUGGACGGGACUUGGUUGAACAUCUGACAGCAGCUACGAAAGAAGAUAGCAAUGUGGAAGUGCAGGAGCUGAUGGCAUGCUACACGACCGAUGCGGUGUGUUCGACAUUUGUGGGCACGAAGGGUGGCGCUCUGCAAGACCCUAAGGCCCCCAUGCGAGAGAGCCUGAAGAGGAUCAUGCGCGAUGACUUGGUGGGGCAGCUGGCUCAGGCCAUGAGCUUCCUGGCACCCAAGCUGUUUGAGAAGCUCAACAUCAGCGUCAUCAGGAAGGAGUUCGAGGAAUUCCUUUAUAAGACUACUGAAGAGACAAUGGCUUACCGCAAGAAAAAUGGCAUAGUGCGAGACGACUCCAUCGACAUGCUGAUGCGUGUCCGUGAUGGACAGACAGAUGCGUCAACGCGCCUGCGAGACGAGACUGGCCAGGAAUUUAGAUUUGACCAGAAAGAUGUGGUGGCACAGGUGCUGACCUUCCUAAUGGCCGGCUUCGAGACCUCCGCAUCAACCAUGGUGUUCACGCUGUAUGAGCUGGCUCUGAACCAGGAGCUGCAGCAGCGCAUCCGCCAGCAGGUGAAGGAGGUGGCCGCCAAGCAUGGUAGCAUCACAUACGAAGCUGUUGCAGAGAUGACCGACCUCAACAAUGCUGUCAGUGAGGCUCUUCGCAUGUAUCCCGUGGUCAACUUCCUGGACAGGCGCUCAACUCGGGACUACAAGAUCCCCGGCACAUCUGUGGUGCUACCCAAAGACACAGGGGUGGUGAUCUCGGUGCUGGGUCUGCACUAUGACCCGAGGUACUGGCAACGGCCGCAUCACUUCAUACCCGACAGGUUCAGUGAGGAGAACUCAAAGGGGCGGCCUAACUACACCUACUUGCCCUUUGGUGAUGGACCAAGACAGUGCAUUGGAAUGAGGAUGGGUCUGAUGCAGGUGCGUCUUGGCCUUGCGCACAUCCUCAGCAACUUCGUUGUUGGCCCCACAGUGCAUACACCAGUUCCUCUGCCUCUGGACCCCAAAACCUUCCUCCGGAGGCCACUAGGGCCACUGCUGCUCAGCUUCCAGAAGCUGGUAACACAGUGAUGAGUCCUGGAUAGUCAACAGUCCAGGCACAACACCCACAGAAAUGGACUGCCAUAGUGUGUCAGUGAAUGUAUCACAGCAUAAUUACAUUCUUUUAUUUCUAUUGACAGUGGUCGUAGAACAGUGGAGUGAAAGUACUGCUGACAAAGUGGAAAAAAAAUCCAAAAAUCCAGCACACUGAAGCCAGGAAGUAAGUUACAUACUGUUACUGAAGUCUCAGGUACUACUUCAUCAGUAACUGUUUAAAUUAUUUCAUGGUAAUGUUCCCGAACUCAAGAUAUUAACCGUGCAUGAGUGUUAUAUCUUCUGAAAGAGGUAGGCUGAGUAUGUCUAGGAACUAUGCCAGAGUAGCAUAAUUUCUUGAUGGUCUUGUGUGUUUGCAUCUGUAAGAAGUUUACUCAAGUUGCUAGAUUUGCUUGUUUCUUUAUUAAACAAGAUGUCUUAGUUCAUAAUUAGUUCUGGCUUCUAGUGCAGCAUAGUCACACUGCCAUCGCUAAGUAUAAAAUCACAUCAUAGGGUGGAAAAGACUCUAGACUGGGAGUUUAGAUUUUAAGUUAAACAUGGUUCUGACCUUGUGCUGUUUCACUGGUAAAAUCUAACAUGCACUGUAUCACUCUUCAUGAGCUACCAUAUGCUCUCAAGAGUACAGCUUUCUGUUUAUUCAGCAGACUGCAAGAGUAUUAAUGACAUGGAGAUAAGCAUCUCUUUGUGUAUAUCACUUGCCAAAAGCUUUGGGUUGAUAAUGUGAUCUGUUCAUGAAGAUUUAUAGGGCUCAUAUUGACUGAGCAUUCUUUAUAUGAAAGACCAUUUAAAAUUAAAUUCCUGCCUAUGUUUAUUUCUCUGCAGAGUUCAUGUAAACUUGUAGAUUGCACAUUGCAAAAUAUAUUUGAUGAGUCAACUACCAUAAAUAGUUUGUGGAGAAAUGCUUUCCUGUGAAACUACUUUUCAGUGUGUUUAUGACAGUAAAUAAUACUGGAGACAUUCUUCUAAUAUUCUUUGUAGGAGACUCCUCUUAGAAACUAGAACAUUUUUACCUGCUGUACAUGCAACAUUCAGUUGCAGCACAUUGAGUAAAACUACCUGUUUCAGUAUGAGAAGAAAAAAAAUAACAAAAUAAAGCAAUGUUAAAAAUAAAUGUUACACUUUUUGUAAACAAACUAUGUUAAGAGUAAUGGAAAAAUCUGAAAAUGGAAAUAAAAUGGAUUUGCCUAAGAACUAUAUGCACUUAUUUAACAUGUAGGUCUAAUUUUUGCUGCUCACAAGUUUUGAAAAUUUAUGUAGUGUAAAGUUUAAGUGAUUUAAUUCUAUUUUUAAGCAUGUAAUCUGUGUUACAAUGUGUGAGAAGAGUGACUGUCACUGUAGGAGAGUUGAAGAGAGAGUGGUAUGUGUAGCAUGUGGGUUGGAAUUUCAGUGGUGUGACUGUAGUGGGAACUGAAUGAGAAACUCAAUGAGGAUCUCACAGGUAACUGUACGCUUUGUAAAAAACACAAGAGAAAUGAUGAGCAAAAGGCAAAGAUUUGUGCUCUUCAGGCUGAAUUAUAUCAUGCGAAAUUUGAACUAGAUAGGUUGAAAGGGGAAAGAGGUUUUGGGAACUUGGCGAAGAUAACAACCAAUGGGUGAAAGCAGAAGAGCUCUUUAACUAACUUCAUCUACAUUUUAGCUAACAGUAUCAAACAAAUUUGGCUUGUUACCUGAAGUAAGAGGGGAAGAGCCUCACCAGUUGUAAAUCACAGUAGCAUGCAACAGACUUCUAGCUAGAAAUUCAAUGUAGGCCAGUAGUGAAAGAGAGGAGGAAGAAAAGAGUCUUGCUUUUAGGCAGUAGUCAUGGGAGCACUGUAGGCCACAUGGCACAGGAAAAAUUAGGCACAGCGUACCAGGUCACAGUAUUGUGAAGCCAAAUGUUAGUCUUAACCAGGUGGUGGAGGACAUAGGAAAUUUGUGCAAAGGUUUUAUCAAAGAGGAUCAGGUUAUUAUAAUUGGUGCACCAGGGAAAAGCCUGGAUAAGAACAGUAAGUACAGCAUUAGGAGUGACCUGAAUGAAAUAUAAAUAGCAACUACACCCACAAAUGUGGGAUUUGUGUAGAUCUUGCAGUGUCAUGACCAGCCCUUAGUAAAUACUGCUGUGAACUGUUUGAACACUGAGUUGAGCAGGCUGCUGCUGGUUGUGGCAAACACCUGAACAGGAGAGGGAAAGAUAGGUUGCAGAUAACAUAUGGAGGGCCACCAUCACACAUAACAAGAUCCCUAUGGUUACUGGUGUCAGAGGGGCACCUUUUUUGGGUUAGAAUCAGAAUUCAAGCACAAUGUUUUGAAAGAAGUGAAAAUAACAUAAGAGCCCCACAAAAUGCUUGAUAAUGCUCCAAAAAGUAAGCUUAGAUAAUUUCAUCAAAAUAUUAGAGGACUGAGUAAUAAGGUAGAAGAGCUUCAUGUCUGUUUGGAAAAUUUAGAGAGCUCCGGAAAGAUAGACAUCCUGUGCCUGUCUGAUCAGGGUUAGAUAAUUUACAUAUAAAAGGUUACACUAUUGGAGCUUAGUCAUGCAGAAAUAACAUAGGAAAAGGAUGAGUUAUUAUGUACAUUAAGACAGAACACAAGUUCAAAAACAAUGAGACGAGUAGAUUUUGUAGUGACCAGCAUACAGAGGUGAGUGCUUGUGAAUUAAUGCUGAAAAUUGUUCACUUUUAAUUGUAACUGUACACAGAUUCACAGUGGGAAAUUUUGAACUAUUUAUGAGGAAUCUGGAUGCCAUACUAUGCUGUCUAUCAGACAGCAGCAAGCACUUAAUAGUCUGUGAUGACCUCAAUGUAGGUUUUCUAAAGGAUUCUGAUAGGAAAAAUGAUCUGGAAACCUUAUUUGCAUCUACAAUUUGGUCCCAGUAAUUAACUUUCCAACAACGGUGGACAAAAACAGUAGGACACUAAUUGAUAUUGUUUUCUUUGAUGAAGAUCAAUGCACAAAAAUACUGUUCACCCACUAACAAAUGCUCUCUCUGAUAAUGACAUACAGUUAUGAUAAAUAACAUAGCACCUUACAGUAUGGAUGGUCCUCAGUGUAAAUCAAUUAGAAUAAUUAAUGACUCCCAAGACAAAUGUUCUUACGAAUAGUUUACAGGAGAUGACAUGAGUUGUAAUAUAUAAUGAACAAAAUGGUAACAUAAAAUUCAAUCUAUUCCAUUACUAUGUGGUGACUAUCGACCAAGUCAUGUGUAAUAUCUUUGUUUUGGGACACUCUUUGUGGCAGUCUGUGGCCGCACGAGCAAGCGUAAGCAUGUAGAAUAAAGAAUGUAUAUAACUGUAUAUGUGUGCUUCCGAGUAAUAAAAUAGUGCUUAUUA